AGGCUUCGGUCGAGGCACACAGGCAGGCACUCCUCUCCAGAAGGCUGAGUGUGAGCAAUGCUCAGUCAACUGACAGUCACAGCGCAGCUAGACAGCCAGGAAGACAGGGCAUUCUCUCACAGCACUAACAGACACUAGCACCACCAGCGGGGCCUCUGGAGCCCACUCCCCCCUCCCGGAUAUGACUGCUCCUGGACACAGACUGAUCCUCAGCCUCUCUAGCCAGCUGUAAGGAGCAGCAAAUGGACAGAACCACUGGCAUAUCCUCCUGCUAUCCUCUCCACACUCCCACCACAUGCUGCUCCAUACCCCUAGAAGAGGAUUCAUGCUGUGUUGACAUAGGCUACAGGUGGUUGGUCGUUUUUGAGCGGCUGUUGGUUGUUUUAUCUGUGUGGUGGUGAGUUGAGGUGUGUUUAGUGUCAUGAUGAUGCUGCCUCUUGUUGUGAAGAGCUUGGUGUGUGUGCUACUGGGCUUCGGAUGGGCCCAGGCCCAGGACCAGGCUGUGGGGCAGGAUGUCGCUGCCACCCCCUGGAGACAAAUGAUUCAGUGGGAGAACAACGGCCGGAGGUUCAGUCUCCUCAACAGUGGAGCUGAGUACGUCCCUGCUGGAGCACAGGACCAGGAGAGAAGUCACAGAGUGGUGGUGGCUGACUCUCGCCCCCGAAUUCCCCGCAGACCACAAGGAGGGAACGUACGCAGGCAGGCCCCCUCCAGGGGAGGCUCGGAGACCGUGAGAGGACAGGCCAGACAUCCAUUUGGCUUCGGACAGGUGCCCAACAACUGGCGCCAGGGCUCAGUGGGGACAGGCUCCACCAACCCCCGCUUCAGGCCAUCCACUGGGUCCUCUUCGUCAUCCUCAUCAUCCUUCUCAUCUUCCUACAACGUCCCUGUCCAGCCUUACCCGCAAUACCCCUUCCCUCAGCAGCCCUACCCCCUGCCCUAUGAUCCCAGUGUGGUGGAGGGAGCAGGUCGGGGCUACGCGGAGCCACCCUUCCAGAGGGCCACAGGUGGAGGAUAUGGUGCUGGUGGUGGAGGAUAUGGUGCUGGUGGUCAAGGAUAUGUUGGUGUCGGUGGAGGAUACACUGGAGUCGGGUAUGGAACUGGCGCUGGUCUGGCACCUGUGGUUCCACGCUCCCCGCAGGACUAUGGUGAGGAUGGCUACCGUUACUACCAGUCCUAUGGCUACGGGCCCAACCCUGCCGUACCUGCCAUGCCUGCUGUGCCAGCACGGGCUGCCCAGCCACCCAUCUCAGAUGGCCUGGACCGCAGAUACACACACAGCCUCUACAAUGGAGGAGAGGAUCCUGCUGCUGCCCCUGCCGACACAGUGCCAGUUGCCCCGGAUAGGACAAUGGGUGGCGCUCAGCCUCCAGUACGAAGCCCCCAGUACGAGCAGUUCCCCCCGUUCGGUAGGCCCCAGGUGCAGCCACAGCCUCCUUUCCUUCCGCCUGUGGUGCCAGGAAGAAACCCCAACACGGCCGUGGAGAACCCCAGCGUCAACGUCGGGAGUGUCUACCGGCCGGAACAGAGAGGUUUGCCAGACCUGGUUCCUGAUCCCAACUAUGUGCAGGCCUCCACGUAUAUCCAGAGGGCUCACAUGUACUCUCUCCGUUGUGCUGCCGAGGAGAAAUGCUUGGCAAGCACUGCCUACAGCGGUGAGACUACAGACUAUGACAUCAGAGUCCUGCUUCGCUUCCCACAGAGGGUUAAGAACCAGGGGACAGCUGACUUCAUGCCCAACCGACCCCGACACACCUGGGAGUGGCACAGCUGCCAUCAACACUACCACAGCAUGGAUGAGUUCAGCCACUAUGACCUGCUGGAGGUCACCACAGGAAGGAAGGUGGCUGAGGGACACAAGGCCAGCUUCUGUCUGGAGGACACCACCUGUGACUUUGGUCACCUGAAGCGUUAUGCCUGUACAUCUCACACUCAGGGUCUGAGUCCGGGCUGCUACGAUACGUACAACGCUGAUAUUGAUUGCCAGUGGAUCGAUAUAACAGACAUCCAACCUGGGAACUACAUACUAAAGCUCCAGGUCAACCCCAAGUACCUUAUCUUGGAGUCCGACUUCACCAACAACGUGGUGAGGUGCAAUAUCCACUACACGGGACGCUUCGUCACAACAACCAACUGCAAGAUAUCUCAGUCCUGAUCGGACGUGGGAAGGGUGAGUCCUCCAGGACAGUGCUGUUCCAUUGAAAUGUGAAUGGAAUUAAUUUUGUUAUUGUUGUUGCUGUUGUUUUGUUUGUGCUGUUUUUGGUUUCCUGGGCCCAGAGUGAACAAGGGUUCCAGUGGCACUGAAGAAAACAUGGGGAUAUUUACACAAGCACACAAACUGAAAACCCAUACCAAACUCAUCACUCCAGUCUCCCACCGUCUCCAUUGUUGUUAUCCUUCUAUAUUAUCCAUAACCUUCUCUCCCAGACCAACCCCACUGCUCGUAUUUCUACACUGACAGCCUUAAUGAGGCUUUUGUCCAUGAAAUAGUAAACAUCUUGGACAUUGUGAAUACGUUGCUCACAGCUGUGAGCAGAGUGGCUCGGUUUAGUUUUAAAUAAGGUGUGAAAUGGAGCUGGUGCUGAUAUUAGUGGUCCCAGAUGAGUCUGGGCUCAACUGCAGUUCAACAAAAAAAAAAAAAAUGGUGCAUUCAUCCACGCUGUCUGGGAGGGUGACAUGGCAGCCCAGCCAGUGACUCACUAGGACCAUUAUAGUGUUGUUGUUUUUCUUCUUCUCUCAGCCUCUUUGUGCCAGGUUGAAACAUUGUGAUUCUCUGAGCACAUUUGCAUAGUGUGAUAUUAUGGAGAGACGACAGAGAGUGGAGAAGCCAGGUCUUGUUUGUUUGCAUGCGUUCGUCUCCAUCAAGUAGUCCCUCAACAUAAAGAGGCUGUCAGAACCUAGAGCGUUACCGCCUCUAAAUACAGUCAAUGUCAGUUUUCCUCCUCGUCCUUCAUUUUUGUUUUUGUCUCACAGGAAGACAUAAAGCUUAGUUGCCAUUUAUUUUCAAGGUGCUUUUCAGAAUGAAACUUACAUUGGAUUUGUCUUUUUUAACUACCAACACUGGUCAGAUGCCAAAUAGGUUAUCUGUAGCUUUGUAAGAAGAAUGUACAUGAUAAUUAACCCACUGAUGCAUGGUUUUAUCUAUGGAGAACUGUACAUGAUAAUUAACCCACUGAUGCAUGGUUUUAUCUAUGGAGAACUGUACAUGAUAAUUAACCCACUGAUGCAUGGUUUUAUCUAUGGAGAACUGUACAUGAUAAUUAACCCACUGAUGCAUGGUUUUAUCUAUGGAGAACUGUACAUGAUAAUUAACCCACUGAUGCAUGGUUUUAUCUAUGGAGAACUGUACAUGAUAAUUAACCCACUGAUGCAUGGUUUUAUCUAUGGAGAACUGUACAUGAUAAUUAACCCACUGAUGCAUGGUUUUAUCUAUGGAGAACUGUACAUGAUAAUUAACCCACUGAUGCAUGGUUUUAUCUAUGGAGAACUGUACAUGAUAAUUAACCCACUGAUGCAUGGUUUUAUCUAUGGAGAACUGUACAUGAUAAUUAACCCACUGAUGCAUGGUUUUAUCUAUGGAGAACUGUACAUGAUAAUUAACCCACUGAUGCAUGGUUUUAUCUAUGGAGAACUGUACAUGAUAAUUAACCCACUGAUGCAUGGUUUUAUCUAUGGAGAACUGUACAUGAUAAUUAACCCACUGAUGCAUGGUUUUAUCUAUGGAGAACUGUACAUGAUAAUUAACCCACUGAUGCAUGGUUUUAUCUAUGGAGAACUGUACAUGAUAAUUAACCCACUGAUGCAUGGUUUUAUCUAUGGAGAACUGUACAUGAUAAUUAACCCACUGAUGCAUGGUUUUAUCUAUGGAGAACUGUACAUGAUAAUUAACCCACUGAUGCAUGGUUUUAUCUAUGGAGAACUGUACAUGAUAAUUAACCCACUGAUGCAUGGUUUUAUCUAUGGAGAACUGUACAUGAUAAUUAACCCACUGAUGCAUGGUUUUAUCUAUGGAGAACUGUACAUGAUAAUUAACCCACUGAUGCAUGGUUUUAUCUAUGGAGAACUGUACAUGAUAAUUAACCCACUGAUGCAUGGUUUUAUCUAUGGAGAACUGUACAUGAUAAUUAACCCACUGAUGCAUGGUUUUAUCUAUGGAGAACUGUACAUGAUAAUUAACCCACUGAUGCAUGGUUUUAUCUAUGGAGAACUGUACAUGAUAAUUAACCCACUGAUGCAUGGUUUUAUCUAUGGAGAACUGUACAUGAUAAUUAACCCACUGAUGCAUGGUUUUAUCUAUGGAGAACUGUACAUGAUAAUUAACCCACUGAUGCAUGGUUUUAUCUAUGGAGAACUGUACAUGAUAAUUAACCCACUGAUGCAUGGUUUUAUCUAUGGAGAACUGUACAUGAUAAUUAACCCACUGAUGCAUGGUUUUAUCUAUGGAGAACUGUACUUGCUUUAUUGAUUGUAUUUGGAUUCUUCUCUUUUUUUAACGAAAGGGUCUUUAGUACUGUUUUAAAUUGUUGCUGUAUUUGUGAAAUUCCAGGAACUCAUAUAUAGUUUUUUUAUGCAAAUCCAGAUCAUGCAUUUGAUUUGUUCAAAUUGAGUGUGUUGCGGCAGAGAGUGACUGUAAAGAAGAAACUAAUGUGGUAAAAACCUAUCGUUGUGAUGCAUUACACUAGUAGGUUUAGCUUGGCAUUACAGACAGACAGAGUGCCGAAAUGCCGCCUCUACCUACCUCUAAAAGAGUGAGCUAUUGUUUCUAGUUGAGUGUACGGUUUCUAUUACACAUCCCUGUGAUGAUGGCCCACUAUGGCCUCCCACACAAACUCCAUUGCAACACACACCUACAGUAAAACACUUAAGAGAAAGGAUUUAGAAACAUGAACAAAUGCAAAUCAGGUCUAGUCUUGUAUGCUGUUUAUAUACCAUAUUACACGUUAACAUUAACAUUUUAAGAUUGUACAUAGUAGUCUAUCAGUGCUAACAUUGACCAACACUUCUUUGUAUUCUGGUUGCUCUUGAUAUUGUAUUUUUACCAAGACAGGUGGAAAGUAUAAUUAGGAUUAGGAGAUUCUAUUCAAUCAAUGGAAUGACACUAUUAGACUUGUGGAUUAUAGCAGGUAUUAUUAAAUAUAUGAGUAUAUGUUGAUUUGCUUGAGUUCUUCUGUUCUUGAACACCUGUCAAAAAUGACAUACCUAAUAAAGACGUACAUUUACA